CUUCCGCCGCCUCAUCCUUUGCCCGAGCCAACUGGCGACUUCUCCGUGACGCCGCCAGUCCGCGCCACUCGCCCUAACCUUCAAAUUCCCUCAACAUGCUUCCACUUUCAGAUUUUGGGAUUCAAGCUCAGAUACCCAUUUCGGAUUUUGUCAAAAAUUAAGGAAAUGCUGCAAGAUGGUGAUUUUUGAAUACCACAGAAGAUUAAAAUGGUGGAGUUUUUGUUUAUACGCACCACCUUAUCAUCCCAACUUACAAAGACAAUUUUCCCUUUGGUCAAUGAAGAAAGAUCCCGAUCUUGAAUCAGCCCUAUCACGAAACCAUAGGUGGAUGGUGAAUAAUCAGAUCAAAAACAUAAUCCUCAGGUGCCCUGAUCAAGUCACGUCUAUCAAUCACAUUCAGAAGAAGUUCAAGAGCCUCGACCUUCAGGGGAAGGCACCUAACUGGCUUAAGAAGUAUCCUUGCUGCUUUGAGGUAUAUCGUGAGAACAACGAGUACUUUUGUCGAUUGACAAAGCGUAUGAGGUUUCUGGUUGAGGAGGAAGAAUCAAUUAAGGAUUCGCAGGAGCUUGUAUUUGUUGAGCGGCUAGCAAAGUUGUUGAUGAUGAGCAGAAACCAUAGGCUAAACAUUUCAAAGGUCAAUGAGUUGAAAAGGAAUUUCGGGUUUCCUGAUGAUUAUUUGCUAAGGAUUGUCCCGAAGCACGCUGACAUGUUUCGGGUUGUGAACCAUACUGGGAAGCGGAGUUCAAUGGAUAUCGAGCUUAUAUCCUGGAAUCCAGAUUUUGCAGUUUCUGCUGUUGAGAAAUCAGCUAAGAAGAAGGGUUCUGAGCCGGCCUUUUCAUGUUUGUUGCCAGCUACAUGGGUGAAGUCGUGGGAGAGGUUUCUAGAGUUCAACUCGACUCCCUAUAUUUCACCUUAUGCAGACUCGAGCAUUUUGGCAGAGGGAUCAGUUGAAAUGGAUAAACGAAACGUGGCUUUAGUGCACGAAUUGCUAUCGAUGACUUUGUGGAAGAAACUCUCCAUUUCCAAAUUAAGCCAUUUUAAGAGAGAGUUUGGCUUUCCUGAGAAAUUGAAUGUUUUGUUGCUGAAGCAUCCCGGUAUUUUCUAUGUCUCGAACAAAUACAAGAUUUACACUGUUCUUCUUAGGGAAGCAUACAAUGGUUCAGAAUUGAUAGAGAAGGAUCCGCUUGUUGUGGUGAAGAAUAAGUUUGGGGAGCUUAUGCAGGAAGGCCUGCACGAGUACAACCGAAGGCACUACUUAAUGAACUUAGAGAAGAAACAGAAAAAAGGGGUUACAAAAGUUAGGCCUAUUGGUAGGAGUAGAGACGAUGAUGAAAAAAUCUCUGAACAAAACAAUCAAGAAGGUAAUUUAGGUGGCAUCCUUGAUGCGGAAGAAAGGAAACGAUUUUACAAAGUUUUGUUUGGUGAUGAUGCUAAAUGAAAUGUUAAUGGUCUUUGCUAUAUAAUGCAAUAAUGGUUUGUCUUCA